ACUGGUCAUCCACGCCUCAUUUGUCUAAUACUGCAUUUCAUUGGUUAGGAUUUAUCGCGCGAGAUUCUAUGUACCUUCCUACAAAUAGUUUAGGUACGUGUAUCUGUUAUUAGUUGUUGUCGCGUCGUUACAGUUGUUUGCGUUUUCAGACGUAUUUGAUAGUGGAUGACACUGGUCAUCCACGCGACUAAUAGUGCUAAUACAUUGGAUUUUAAUUUUCGAAAAUGUCACAAACAAAAAGACCAAGAAGGGAAAGUAGCACCGAUCCCAAGAAGUGGAUGGAAUGGUAUAAUGAAAUGGAGGAAGAUGAAAGUGACCCGGAACAUGACACAGAUAGUGAACAGGGAGCUGACGAGCAAAGUUUAGACGACGAAGAUGAGGGAAUGCUGGAUGAUGAUACGUACCUUGCAAAGGAUGGAAUGACAAGGUGGAAAAACGGUAGUUUUCCUCUCAAUGUUAGAACACGAGCUUGCAAUAUUAUAACGCACCUGCCAGGUCCAAGAAAUGAAGCUCGCAAGUUGAAAUCGGAAAUUGAUAUUUACAAUUUAUUUUUGGACCAGCAUAUUAUUG